UUGUCACUUGUCUUUUGUUGGUAAAACUUAACAUUGCCUUGUGAAUCUUCUCGGCUAGGGGAGCUUGCUUGCUCACGGUUCUGAACCGGUGUUGGAGUCUUCAGCUUGUCUCGGUCUCCUCUCUCUUUCUCUCUCUCUCUCCCCGGUUCGUUUUGGUCCGUUGAGUGGGUAUCACGGAUGUUGCGUUGGGUGAGAGCCAUCAGGCUCUGUUCUUGACAGAUCUGGUACGGGUUUCUUCGUAGUAGGAAUAGUGCGUGGAGCUCAAGGUCUUCGGAGUUGUCAGCCAGGGCCUCCUUGUUUCAGUGGCGGCUCGUGUAGAUCCGGCGAGUUUCAGCGGAGGCCUGAAAAGAUGACAAGGGAGAUCGAAAUGCAGGAGAUGGAUUGGACGGCUAUUCCGAAGCCCUCGGAAGAGAUGCAGAGCAGGUGGCUCUUGCAGCCCUCUACAAAGCUCAAGAAGAAGACAAAUGCAAGGAAAAAAGCUUAUGCAUGGUCUCUCGUCGUACUGAUUGGCGUGCUAGCGGUUCUUGGGUUUUCCAUGAUGAUCAGAGCUCUCACGCAUCGCCACCACCACCAACAACAACAGACACCUGAAAUCUACAGCAGUGCGCUUCACGCUGGACUUAAGUUCUUCAACAGCCAGCGUUCUGGGCACUUGCCCGACGGAAACAACGUUACGUGGAGAGGGGAUUCUUGUGUCCAAGACGGGAAGUAUCCGGGGAGCACCUACAGAAACUUGUCUGGAGGUUAUUACGAUGGUGGUGACGCAAUAAAAUCAAACUUCAAAAUGUCUUUUGCGAUGACCAUGUUGAGCUGGAGUGUCAUUGAAUAUCAUUCCAAGUAUGAAGCAGUUGGAGAACUCAGCCACGUUGAAGGGCUUAUCAAAUGGGGAACAGACUACUUCCUAAACACUUUCGACUCUAGUGCUGAUAUUGUCAAUGAAAUGGUGUUACAGGUCGGAGAUGAAGGAACUGAGAGCUACUGUUGGAUGAGGCCUGAGGACACUGAUUACAAAAGACAUUUACAUGUCUGUUUCGGUGACUGUCCCAAUCUUGCUGCAGAAAUGGCGGCUGCACUGGCUUCAGCAUCCAUCGUUUUCAGUGAAAACGUAGCAUAUUCCCAAAAGCUUAUUCAAGGUGCCAAGAUUCUAUAUAAGUAUGCAGAGUCAUCUAUGAAAGGCAUUAGUAGUAACACAGACUCAAGCUCUUCCUGGGACGAGCUUUUAUGGGGUGGGACUUGGCUCUAUUAUGCUACUGGGGAUGUAAGUUACCUUGAUAGGGUAACAACUCUUGCACUGGACGAUCGUUCUGACUCUUUUUCGCGCGACCCUGGCGUGUUCAGUUGGAACACAAAGCUAGCCGGAGCUCAGCUGCUGUUGACACGGCUGAGGCUAUUUUUGAGCCCUGGAUAUCCAUCUGAAGAAGUUUUGAGAAAAUUUCAUGAUCAAAUCGGCAUUGUAAUGUGCUCUUACUUACCUUCUUUCAACAAGUUCAAUAGAACCAAAGGAGGUCUGAUCCAGUUAAACCAUGGAGAUCCACAGCCCCUGCAAUAUGCUGCAAAUGCGGCUUUCCUAGCGGCGCUAUACAGCGAUUAUCUAGAUGCUUCUGAUACUCGUGGAUGGACAUGUGGGCCUAAUUUCUACUUUGCUUAUGUACUACGCGACUUCUCUCGAUCACAAAUUGACUACAUUCUCGGUAAAAACCCACGGAACAUUAGCUACGUCGUGGGUUUUGGGGAGCGAUACCCUAAACGGGUACACCACAGAGGAGCUUCCAUUCCAAAAGACCGGAAAGAGAGUUGCGAAGGAGGAUGGAAAUGGAGAGAAAGCUCAAAGGAAAACCCAAAUGUGGUUGAAGGAGCAAUGGUCGCUGGACCCGACGGACAUGAUGGGUUUCGUGAUGAUCGUACGAACCCAAACUAUACAGAGCCGACACUGACCGGAAAUGCGGGUCUCGUUGCCGCUCUCGUUGCCUUAUCAGGAGACAAAAACAUGUUUGAAAAGAACCGUAUUUUCUAUGCAGUUCCUCCAUUGUUCCCCGACGCUCCUCCUCCUCCAGCACCUUGGACCCCAUAGGGAAUGUUUUGUCUACCUUACGCUCUCAGUUAUCUUUGAAUCUAUGUAUUAUCGUGUGGUUAGCAUGUACUAGUACUUGAAGAACUACAAUGAUCUAUGAUUUUGAAUUGUUAAGCAUCCAUCAAAAAGAUCUCAC